AUGGCCGCCAAUGCCUUGACGAUUGAAACCUUCACUGAAUAUGGAAUUGGCAUGCUCUUCCUCUUGGUCCGGUUAUAUGCUCGACUAUAUGUAGGAGGUCUUCGCGGCCUCCGCCUGGAUGACGUUUUUGCUGUUUCUGGCAUGAUAUUUUGGUCCAUGCAGACUGCUAUCAUCCAUCUUCUGGGGGUGUAUGGCAACAAUAUCGGGUUAAACGAGCAAACAGCUAUGCUUGUCCCAGACAGCAAAAUAUCCCAUAUGAUCCUCGGAUCAAAGCUGGCCUUCAUGAACUGGAUAUGGUACAUCUGCUAUAUUUGGUGUCUGAAGGGUGUUCUUCUUUGCCUUUACUGGAAACUCACACAAGGAACUUGGCACCGUCAUCUCGUUACAGGAGCUGCAGCAUUCUGCGUGAUUACCUGGUUGAUUUGCCUAUUGACACACAUCUGCAUUUGCAUGCCAGUUGAGCAGAACUGGCAGAUCAAACCCUACGCAGGAGGCAAGUCCGACGCUUGCAUAAUCCUGAUCCCAAUCCCAAUCCUCGCCAAACUCCAAAUCCCACUCCAGCGCAAGAUAAUCCUGGUAGUCAUGUUCUCCUCAGGAAUCUUCAUUAUGAUCUCCACAAUUCUGCGCGCUUACUACUCACUCUCAUCCAUCACGAACCUCGGCACAGCACUCGGCUGGGCAGACCGCGAAUGUUUCGUCGCAGCCAUCGUUGUUUCCCUACCCGGCAUCAAACCGCUCUUCCGCAACACGCGCUGGCUGGGCUCGUCGAAUCGCAAGAACUCCAAGAAUCCGUACUACAACAGCGAUGGGUACAAUGGGGCUGGGUCGAAGUCCGGAAAGACGAAGACGUUUGUUUCGUCACGGUCUCGAAAGAGUGGCGGGUUUGAGCUGGAUGGUGUGCUGAAUACAAAUAAGGGGAGUCGCGUUUCCGAUGCGGGGAGUGAAGAGUAUAUUCUUGAGGGAAGUCAGCAUGUGCCAGCUGGUGCUGGGCAGCGGGAUCCUAUGGCCAUUCGGGUUACGACGGAGUAUACUCUUGAACGUGAGCAGGGCAGGUCGGAUCAGCGGAGGUCUUAA